AUUAUAGUUACGAUGAUUAUACCCUAUAUAAUGAACCACUAACUCCAACAUUAGAAACAAAUACUAGUCCACUGUCUUCAACAAUUGAGAUAAAUACCAGUUCGCCAACAUCAGUGUCAGAACCAAAUGCUUCUACAUUAGAAACCAAUACCACAUCAUCCUCAAUAUCAGAGACAGAUAUAAUUUUAUCGACAAAGCCAUCACCUUUAUGGAAGCAUUUUUUUUUUAAUCCCGUUAACCAUAAUGACAUUCAAGAUUUAAUGCCUACAACAGAAACAUGGAACAAAAUUAAGGAAAUAAUUACCUUAAUGGAGCCACUCGAAAAAGCCACAAAAUUAUUAUCUGCAUCUUCUUAUCCGACUAUCGCAGAUGUUCGAUUUGUGUUUAGUAGCAUCCAAGAAUAUCUCCAAGAUUAUAUAGAUAAUGAUACCUUUAGUCAAUAUCUUUUGGCCUCAUCAAUUAACGAAAAAAUUAGCGA